AUGUUUAGAGACAGAACCAAUCUUUAUCUAUCGUACCGGCGAACCAUUCCUCGUGGAGAGCUCAACAGCACGCUCUCUGGUGCGACCACUCGACUCUCUUCCGAUCGAUUUGAUUCUUUUGAAGAGGAGGAAGGGCUAAUUGGUAGAAGGAGAAACAGACCUCAAUAUAAGGAUGAUGACGGGGCAAUUGAACUACAAAACAUUGCUCCUUCGAUUUUCGACAUUCUGAAACAUAUCGACGAUAACCUAGAAUCUAUCAAGACACUGACGUCCGAGUUGAGCUCUUUGUACAAGAAAUUGUUGAUCACGAGCUCAAAUGACAAACCCGAGAUCGAAAAGAAGAUCGAGGGCUUGAACUAUGAGAUCACCAAGAAGUUUGAAAACUCGUACGUUUUGAUCAAGAAGUUCGACUUCCUCCAGAAGAAUCACCAGCGCCUUCACUUGAACUACUCCAACAACGAAGUUAAAAUGAUUGAAAACUUCAAGAAAAAUUAUGCCUUAAAGAUCCAGAACUCCUCUUUGAUCUUUCGAAACCUUCAAAACAACUACAUCAAAUUUCUCAGAGAUGACGACUAUGACGACUUGAAUGAUACCAGCUUCAGCAUGAGAACGUCUCAUGUCAAUGCCGAUGAAAAACAACGCCUUCUUCUCCAAGAAGAAGAAACCAAAAACAUCGAAAACUACUCCAAGCAGGUGCUUCAGGAGACCCAACAACAACUCCAACUCCAACGACAGCCCAGUGACCAGAUCAUGGCCCAGAGAGAACGCGAAAUCUCCAAGCUCGCCAUGGGGAUUCUUGAGAUCUCCACCAUAUUUAAGGAAAUGGAGAGUUUGGUGGUGGAACAAGGAACGAUUUUAGAUCGAAUCGACUACAACAUCACCAACACUGCCCAGGAUGUAAAGGACGGUAACAAAGAGCUCCUCAAAGCCAAGAGCUACCAAUCCCGAACCACCAAGUGUAAAAUCAUCUUUCUUCUUAGUUUGGUGGUGUUUGCCUUAUUCAUUAUCGUGGUUGUAAAACCUCAUGGAACCACCAAAUAUGUCGAAAAGCCCCCCUCGGACAAACCGGUUUCUGAGGCACCCGUUAAUGACAGACCAUCAGUGGAUAGACCAGAAGAAGACAUAGGAGAACACAAGGAUCCAGACCUUAACAUUCCCAUAGGAGAUUCGCCCACCUGA